GACCUCUGACGUCACUUUGCUGGAUAGCAAACAUGGCGGAGCCCUCCCUCGGGAAUGCGAGCCCAGGAGGCUCAGCAGGUUCUGAUGACCACGAUUUUGAUCCGUCGGCGGACAUGCUUGUUCACGACUUCGACGAUGAACGUACCCUGGAGGAGGAGGAGCUGCUGGAGGCAACAGAUGAGACCAAUUCCAACGAGAUCGAAGAUCUAGCUCGGGAGGGCGAGAUGCCCAUACAUGAGCUACUUAGUCUUUAUGGUUAUGGGGGCAGAUCUCCUGCAGAGGAAGAGGAGGAGGAAGAUGAAGAACCAGAGGAAGAGGAUGAGGAAGAGGAGGAUGAAGAAGAGGACCUUGAUCAUGAUGAAAGUAGCAGAAGCACUGGAGAGCUGAAAAAGAAUGAGGGUGAAGAUUUUAAGGCUUCAUCAGAGCAAGGCAGCGACCCUCAGACCUCUUCUGAUGGCCGCACACGCUCAGUCCGAUCGCUCGGGACGGCAGAGCUGAUCCGCCGCGCCAAGUACUUUGAAAGUAAUCAUGAUGUGGAGGAGGAGUCGGAGGAAGAUGAGGACUAUGUUCCCUCUGAAGACUGGAAGAAGGAGAUUAUGGUGGGUUCUAUGUAUCAGGCAGAGACUCCGGUCGGUUUGUGUAAAUACAAAGAAAAUGAGAGAAUCUAUGAAAACGACGACCAGUUGUUGUGGAACCCUGAUUGUGUCCCCGAGGGAAAAGUCGUGGAGUUUUUGACAGAGGCAUCGAGGCGAACCGGAGAGGAGAAAGGAGUGGAUGCAAUACCAGAGGGAUCUCAUAUCAAAGACAAUGAACAGGCUUUGUAUGAGCUGGUGAAAUGUGACUUUGACUCAGAGGAAGCUCUAAGAAGACUGAGGUUUAACGUGAAAGCAGCUCGAGAGGAGAUAUCGGUUUGGACUGAAGAGGAAUGUAGAAACUUUGAACAAGGAUUACGUGCUUAUGGGAAAGAUUUUCAUUUAAUACAGGCCAACAAGGUGAGAACUAGGUCUGUAGGAGAAUGUGUGGCCUUUUAUUACAUGUGGAAGAAGUCUGAGCGUUAUGAUUUCUUUGCACAGCAAACCAGGCUUGGAAAAAGGAAAUACAACCUUCACCCUGGAGUCACGGACUACAUGGACAGAUUACUGGAUGAGACGGAGAGCGUGACGUCCAGUAGGGCGGCGUCGCCCCCGCCCACCACAUCCAGCAGCAGCGCCAGCCACUCUGAGAGGGAGGACAGCAGCAGUCAGAACGGUGUUGUGGGUCAUCCUGUAGAUCCGUCUCAUCUGCCAGAUCCAACCCAAGUCAAGCUUGAAGGCGUUCAGUCCAACGGUCCCUCUCAUCCAGAGGCAGAACCUCCUCCUUCAGCCCCAGACAACAACUCUAACGGCUGCAGCCAAGUCAGCGCAGCGAACCACGACAGAAACGGCUCACUAGAGCUUGUGCUAGAGCACAAAACCGCACCAGCUGUGGCACAAGACAGGCCGGCCAAAAGGUGCAGGACUGAAGCAGAGGCUUUGGGCCAAAGCGAGGUGGAUCCACCCAGAACACAUGAAGACUAACGUCUUCAAGACUGGCUUUGUUCACUUAAACACGCCCUGGUUUGGUUUUUUUCCCCCCAAUUUUCUCCAUAAAUGGCUAGCUUAGGAGCAGAGGAUUAGGAAGACGAGGAAUCUCUCUCAAAAAAAAGAAAAAAAGACUCCCUUCAGAAAGUCCAAAGGUUGUAAAUCCUAGCCAACCAAAACGCUGCGCUUCAUACGACGGUCUGCUCCUCAACAAACUCCCAUCAUUUUAACCCAUCUUCUCCAUUCUGACUUUGGACAGUCGAAUUUUUGCCAAGAAUUUCUUUUUUUCUUCUAUUUGUACUGAAAAUAAAUCAUCUGUGAUAUUUUUCUACACCAGAGAUAUUUAUAUUUUCUAACCAAUAAUGAAAAAAAAAGAUCUAAUGAUGGGUUGUUGCUUUUUAAGCCAUUGGUUUGUUGGAAAUGAGUAAAAUCCUGAGGAGGAGAAGCUGGCGCUGUCUCCAGCUCACUAUAGUUGCACUUUGAUUGUACGUUUCUCCUGGUUGAGGAGGUAACCUGACAGAACUCAAUGUUCUCUCUGCCACAGCUGUUUGUUUGAGUUUGCUAAAUGAACCGGCGGGUCUGUCGCCCCCUACAGGUUUGUUUGUGAAAAGCAGCUGACAUCAGUGAUGUCCUGUAUUAUCAUGUAGAUCUCUGUAUUUUUGUUUUUAUUAUUUCCAUAGCCCAAUGCUUUGCUCAACACUUUUUUUUUUACUUGACAGAAGGUUUGUGGCCGCUCAUGUAAAGUUUGUAUAGAUUUCUUACCUUCUGCAGUCGGUGCAUUUAUUUCUCCCCUCCAGUGAUCAUGUUGCUUUUUUCUUGUCUCUGUAGGAUACAGCUUUUUUUUUCCUUUGACAAAUUGUUUCCUAAUUAUUUUCUGAUGGAUGUAAUAAAGAAAUUACCCUUUU